AUGUGCGUCAGGUUUCGCGCAGUACGGCGAUUUUGUUUACAAGAAUCAAAGCCGUAGAAAUGAAUGAAUGAGUGAUAUAAAAUUUUGGCUGGAUAAUUUUUGAGGGGUAUGCCUAUUUGUGCUAGAUGCUUCGGUUGCUGAUGCAGUACGGAAUUCUCGUAUUAUUGACGCUCCUGGAAGUGAGUGAACUUUCACUCACUGACGGUAACAGUCAAGUCCCAGGAGAGGAGUCACUGGGAGAAAACAACAGCAUUGUGAUCUGCCGCCAUUGUGGACACGACCUCUUUGACCCUCAAGACAUCUUCAGUUUUGAAAGUCCAGGGUCACUGCAAACAAAAAACAACACAGUAAUAGGUUCUGUGCGAUCGAAUGUGCAGCUCCUGCAGAACCCUCACGGCUAUCAGUUUGAGGUGGUGACGGUCCGGCACAGCAUCUGCGCGCCCCAGGGCACGUGGCAUUCAUCUCACUCGUGGUUUCCGGGCUACAGUUGGAAGAUUUGUCUCUGUCCCACGUGCCACACUCACAUCGGCUGGAUAUUCAAGAAAGUUAAGCCUUCGGAGGAAGACACGACAAACAACUCGUUUUUCGGUCUCAUUCUAGACAGGAUUUUGGAGGAGUCAUCCAUCAGCCAGCUGCUGGUCACUCCCAAGUCGUACAGAGUGUAGCGCCGGUACGGGCCCAGCAGUCGACUGUGAUUGGGCCCCGUCUCGGUCCGCUGCCCCACAAUGUCGGACUCCAGUGGCGAGACGGCCCUGCAGCUGCCCACCGCCCCGACCGCGGCGCUCAGUGACGAGCAGCGCACUUUCCUGGACGAAUGCGAGACAGAGUUCGCGUACCGUUUCUCUGACGACGACCGGGAGUUUGUGCGUCAGCGGCAGCAGGGUACGCCGGAGCCGCCCGUGAUGGUGCCCUGGUUUAGCCGGCGGCCCUGGCAGGAGCGCGGAGGAUGGAGGGGAGGUCGCGGUCGCGGCGGAGGCGGAUUCAGGAACGACCGCGACCGCUCCGGCGGCGGCUACCACGACCGGGACAGGAGCUACGACCGCGACAGGUCCUCGGGAAGGGAUGACCGGGACCGGUCGGGCGGUCGGGACUACAGGGACGACAGGGACAGAGAGCGGGGCUAUGGGGACAGCCGGGACAGAGGCCGGGACGAGCGGCGGGACAGGGGUGAUCGGCACGGCCAGUACCGGGACGGCGGCGGCGAGCGCAGGCCGUUCUAUUAGAGGACGACAGUGGGGUGGACUAUCGUUCACUGUCUGCUGAGAAGACAGACAGUUCAAGUGGGCUCUCGUUCGCUGUUUCACGUCCCUGGGACUUCUCUCCCAGGGCCAUGUCUUAGGGCGGGGACAACGGAGGUUGUUGGUCUCAGUAUCCGAUUGUAUAUGCAUUAUGCAACGUGUGUGUCAUGAGCGAGUUAAUACAUUCGAUAUGACUGUA